AUAGUGAGUAAAUUGGAACUUGGAAGCGAAGAUUGAGAGUCAAAAAAAAAAAAAAAACAUUUUUCUUGCUUUAAAUUCGAUUUUAACACCUUUUAAUUCUGGGGUUUGUGUUUUUUUCAAUAUAUGAUUGUGGGUUCUCUUUUAUUAAAAGAAUUCAUCUGAAGUCAAAACCCUCUCUGUUCUUUCUUUAAUUUGCAUACACAACAAAAGUUCGCAUUUUUCUUAGUCGAAAUCCAUUUUUACGAUCAUUUGAAUUGUGGGUUUUGUUCGUAAUUCAAUAUUACAAAUUGGGUUUUCAUCAUCAAGUGAGAAACUUCGGUUUUGAAUGAUCAAAUUUGGUGAGAUUGUAGAUGAAGUUUGAGGGUGAGUGCGAGUGCGAGUGCGAGUGUUUCAAUUACAAAGCUUUUGCCGGAGAAGAUGGACCGCCGGAGUUGGCUUUGGCGGAAGAAGUCGUCGGAAAGAAGUCCCGGAGAAACUGAAAGCUCUGUAGGAUCCAUUUCUUCUCAUUCUGAGAGAUUUUCCGAUGAUCAGAUAUACUUGAAUCAGAAUUUGCAAUCGCUCGAAAUUGGAUCAAAAUCAGACCCACGUCAAAGCGAACAUAAUCAUGACGUGAAGACACUUUCAGAGAAAUUAGAGGAAGCUCUUGCGAAUAUUAAUGCCAAAGAAGAAUUGGUAAAACAACAUGUCAAAGUAGCAGAAGAGGCUGUUUCAGGAUGGGAGAAAGCUGAAAGUGAGGCGUCUUCAUUAAGGCAACAAGUUGAGAUUCUAAAUGUCAGAAACUCGACUCUUGAGGAUCGAAUUCUUCAACUCGAUGGUGCCUUGAAAGAAUGUUUGAGACAACUUCGACAAACACGAGAAGAAAAAGACCAAAUUGCCCAUGAAGCUCUCGAAAAGAAAAACUCGGAAACCGAAAGUUCUUCAAUCUCUGUUGACGUUGACCUUCUUCGUAAGCUUGAAAUGUCAGAGAAAGAAAACUCGGAUUUAAAGCUCGAGCUUUCAUCAAUGGCAGAAGAGCUUGAAAUACGACUCAUUGAAAUGGAAUUAAGCAACCAAGCUGCUGAACAAGCUAGUAAGCAACUUCUUGAUAGUGUAAAGAAGGUAGCCAAGUUGGAAGCUGAAUGUCAUAAGCUAAAAUUUUCUCUUGAAAAAGGUAAUGAUCAUCAAACAAAAGAUCGAAAAAUUCCAUCUAUAAAUGAAAGAAACCGAGUGGAAUCGUUUGUGGAGAUCGAUCUUAUGGAUGACUUUCUUGAAAUGGAAAGACUUGUAGGAUUGCCUGAAAGUAAUGAAGUUGAAGAGAGGUUAAAAAAAGAGCGUGAAGAUGAGGUUAAGGCAUCAAGAAAACGGCUUGAAGAAGCUGAGUCUAAUUUGAGUGAGCUCGAAAACGAGCUUAAGACAUCAAGAGAACGGCUUGAAGAGGCUGAAUCUAAGUCAGUUAGGCUUGAAAACGAGCUUAAUGCAUCCAGAAACCGGCUUGAAGAAUCCGAGUCCAAGUUGGGUAAGCUUGAAAAUGAGCUUAAGCCAUCAAGAAAACGGCUCAAAGAAGCUGAAUCUAAGUUGGCUGAGUAUGAAAACGAGCUAAAGGCAUCAAGACAACGGUUUGAAGAGGCUGAAUCUAAGGUGCAUGAUCGUGAAAAUGAGCUUAAGGUAUCAAGAAAUCAGCUUAAAGAGACUGAAUUCAAGUUGGAUGAGUGUGAAAAAGAACUUAGGGCAUCAAUAUAUCGACUUAAAGAAGCUGAAACAGAGUUGGAAGAUCGUGAAAACGAGCUUAAGCCAUCAAGAAAACGGCUCGAACGAGCUGAAUCCAAGUUGGCUGAGCUCGAAAAUGAGCUUAAGACAUCAAGAUACCGGCUUGAAGAGUCCGAAGCCAAGCUGGUUGUAAAUGAAAACGAGCUUCAAAAGGGUGAGUUCAAGUUGGCUGAGGUUGAAAACGAGCUUAAUGCAUCAAGAAAACGGCUUGAAGAGGCCGAAUCUAAGCUGGCUAAGCAUGAAAAUGAGCUUGAAUUAUCAAGAUACCAACUCGAAGAAGCUGAAUCCAUGUUAAGUGAGACUAAAAGUCGGCUAGAAAUGGCUGAAUCGAGACUCGAAGCUAUCUACAUAAAGAAAGAAGAAGCCGAAUCACGAGGUAAGGCAUUAGAAUCCGAGCUAGAAAUCUUGCUUAUCAAUCAUGAAAAGGAACGGGAUUUAUGGGGAAAAUCGGAAGCCAAGUGUCGGCAACUUGAACACAAGGUAACAAGACUACAACACGAACUUCGUGGUAGAAAAUCGGUAAAUCCUCCAGAAGAGCUCCGAUUCCGAAGAACGAAACAGGACAAAGAGUUAGCAAUGGCUGGAAGUAAAUUUGCCGAGUGCCAGAAGACGAUCGCAUCUCUUACUAGGCAGUUAAAAACACUCGCAACAAUUGAUGACUUCUUGAUCAAUUAACAAAUGAUGAUUCGAGUUCUCUAAACAAUAAAUUUCACUUUUGUUCGAUUCGGAUAUAGAAAAUACAUGUAGGAAAAUGAGUUUUGAUUCCCCGGGUACUAUUCUUGAUAUGGAGAGGAUGGAUAACAAUGUUUUUUUUUUUCGUACAUUUGUAUCUAUUUAUAUUAAUAACGUACAUUUUCAUAGAUUUGUAUCUAUUUCUAUAAAUAAUGUGUUGUUGCACAUAUAAGUGUCUAUGUUGUUUGUUUAGAAUCGAGGUAAUGUCCAAAUCAGUGUCACGGACUUAUGUAUGAGAGGAAGUGUUAAUGCGAUGAUGGUUGCAAUCAUUGGUUUGAAUUAAGAGACAAGAUUGUCCCACAAUGGAAAAUAAGUGAAUGGAAUUGGUGACAAUGGAAUUAGAAGGAUUAGAGAGGACUUUUGGUGUCCCUUGAUGCCGGAGUUGAUUUCGGGUAUGAGAAACGAGAAUAUGCA